CCGGAAUACGAUCGCGUGAGGAAUCGCGCGAAAAUGGACGUGCCCGACGUGGACGACGCGCCGUCGGAAGAAACAAUGCACGGGAUCAAGCGGGAUGCACUGGAAUUCGUUCGCCGAUGCAAUCGGAAGCAUCGACGUGCCUUGCGCGACGAAAUCGCUCAAACGUCGAGCAACUGUUCUCGACAAAUACAGACGGUCGACGACGGGUCAUCCAUAGGAAACCUCGUUGCGGUGUACACAACGUGGGUGUCGAGCUCGGACGAGCAUGCAUCGAUUCUCCACGAGCGUUUGUUUCAUCGACGCCUUGUGCUGACGUCAAAUGCAGUCUUGCAUGGGGGCGUUUCCGUGGCAGGGUUGAUGGACGACAUCGUGGCAGCUCGCCCAGUCCCCGUCAUCGUCGCAUGGAAGCUCCAUGUUCAAUGCGCGUUGGAUUUCAACCAAGUGCUGUGUCGCCUCGUUUGUCCUGGCGUUCGAAAACGAGCGCAUCCUUCUUUGUCCCGUCAUAUUGAUGUCUCGACCCGCGGUGUCCAGGACAUCGUGCUUGCCCUCGCGUCAACUCCACCCGCGGCCAAGAACGAGUACUCUGCGAUUCUCCGCCACUUCCUCGCAUCGUACGUUGAUUCUAUCGACACGUCGUCCAGAAUGUAUCACGAUCGGACGCCUUCGUCGACUCGUAUCGUGCUGCGCGUCGCCAUCGACGCGGUCCUGCGAUACCUCUGCGACGUCGCCCGCAUCGCUGACGGCGCUUCCAAGCAUUUUGUUGCCGAAGUCAGCAUCUACCUCGAUUUUCUGAAGCAAGUAUCGCCCGACUUGGCCGCGCAUGGCGCCAUCCAGACGCUUCUCAAGGCCCAACUUCUCGCCCACGUGCAACUCGCGCCAUCGGGUCGCGCAGCUUCGUUGCUGCAUCAAGACUUUGCAAUCGCGCUUCGACGAGGUUUGACAGAGGCUUCGUUUGCUGCAGUGGUACAAGACUACUUCUGGACGCGGCCGUGGCACCUCCACCGGUUCUGGACGCUCGUUUUUGACGCGUUUCAUGGCGACGACUUGAUCCCGCAUGCUCUUGGCGCGGCGCACUCGUUGGCCAGCCAUGGUGUCCGCACUCUGAAUGCCGCGCAUGUCAACGCCAGCGUUUGUCUCGCAGCCCACGUGACGUCGCUGCCGAUCUUCCACUCGUGGUUUGAAUUGCAUUUUGGAAGCGACAAGCCGUCGGCAGAUGCACUUAUGGGACCACUCGUCGGUGCCAACGGAGCCGCCGAUGGCGCGGAAGCCCCUCGAUCGGGCAAACAAUGCCCUCACCCGGCAUCUACGUGCCGCUUGGUCUCGUCGAAGCGGACUAUUCAAUUUGUCGUGACGUGCUUUGUCGAACGGCUGCCGCACGAAACGUCGCGGGUCCAUCUCGACGUGCUCUUCAAAGUGCUCAAGCAGCAUUCGAGCAUGUACCCGGACUUUGUCCUGCACUACAUUCAACUCGCUCGCCGAAAGCUCACCGCGCUCGCCACCGCCGGCGACAACACCGUGGCCAUGCCAUCCGUUUUCCUGCAAAACCCGCCGACGGUAGACUCGCCACUCGACGUCCUAGAAUACAUCACGCACUUCCUUGACACGGGUAAAGUAUCGGGGAAACUUCGACAGCGCAUCCUGCUCCAGGACUCGACGUGGCAUGCAAAGCUCAAGCCAGGCCUCUUAGCCGCGCGGGACCUCCACAGCCACGUGCUAUCGCUCGGGUGGAUGCAGCUGGUCCACACCCUCGCGCGCGACGGCGCGGUCGGACCAUCGGAAUACGCGCCGUUCGUUGCCAAGAUGCACACGAUUUUGCAAUCUCGCGCGGCUAGGCAAACAGUCGCUGCAUCCAGCGUCGUGCACCUCGCACAGGACUUUGUACACGUUGCCACGCGAGCUAUCGAACCGUCGCCAUCGGAUAUCGGCGACCGACUCGUUCGUCGGCUCCAGGCAGUCGAAGAUGAGUCCAACAAGGUCAUCGAAUAUGUCGACGGCGCCACGAUUCUGGCCGUGCACUGGUCGACAAGCCGAGAUCUUUUGACCGCCAUGUGGACUCACGGCUUGGCAUCACAUCACGAACGAAGCAAGGCGCUCGAGCACAUUCAAACGUUGAUCACGAGCGCGCUGGAGAUCCACUUGCCAGCGUCGGCAUCAGCACCACUCGAGCGGAAUGAAAGCGACGAUGCUCACACCAUCAUUUCGCUUGCUCGUCUUGUCUGUGUUGCUGCGAGGACCCACGUCGACGCUGUGACUGCGUUUUUGGAUAAACUCGUUCAGCCUCCCAUCCUUCAGUGGCAUCUUGACCGCCUCCUUCGACUGUGCAUCCAAUUUGCGACGUGCCUGCCCGGCAACGACCGACCUACCGUUCCUCGGAGCGUGCACGGCUUUUUAGCAUGGAUGCACUUGCGGCACAUGUACGGGGGCGUGUUGCACGUUGUGGCCGAGCUCGAGCCGCUUGUGCAGUCGGACGAGUCGGCGGCGCGCAGUCCACAUGACACCGCGUUGACGUCGUGGUUGGAAUUUGAAUUGCACCAGCCGACGCCGCUUUGUGACGAGUCGUCCUCGUACCGGUUUGACUGCUUCACGAGCCACUUCAUGCUGCUCCAUGAAAGCAUUCAAGUCGCUGCCAUUACGACGGUUUGCAGCCUUGGAAAGGAACUGCUGCGACACCAAGCGCACUGCUUUGAAAUAUCUCCACCAACGUGCCAUCCAACGCUUGCUUCAGCCACUCGACUGCCGAAUGGACAACUGUUGCACCCCGUGUGGCUGCUGCACGCGCCAACUCGCCCCGAAACGACCUCACCCUUGUGCCGCUUGGACGGUGGGAUGGCCCUCUUCCAUCAAGUCGUGCCGGUCCUGUUCGCCAACAAGAAAGAGAUGAAAGCGGCAAAUCUCCUCACGGCCCUCGUCAACACGUUCAUCGAUGCCGCACACACACUUCUGCUCGCGCAGUCUGCACGGCCCACUGCCACGACGGCCCGAGUCUGCCUUGUUCUCGUGGACCUGCUGCAGGCAGUCCUUGCUCACAGCAAUGAUCGUGGGGCUACCACCUCCGCGACGAAGCUCCAGCGCACUGUCCGAGCAUUCGUGACGACUCAUCUCGAAGGACUUGCCCCGUGGCCCCCACGCAUCUCGAGCAUGCUCCACAUUCUGCUACCCAACGUAGCCAACGUCUUCGACUCCAUCGCAGACCCGGCCGACGCUUCAGCAACGUGCGACUCGAUGUUGAUUGCUUCCUUGGUCGUUUCAGUCAAGCACCAGCCCCAUCCGCUGCCGAACGUGUACACCCAUCUGCACGCCGCCCUGUGCACCCCAUCGAUGGCGCUUCCACGGCUGUACACCAUUGCAUCCCUUCACCUCGACGCUGCCAUCGACAUGACCCUGAACGUGCUUCGCCACUGCAUGUCGUGGGCCGAACCGGGCGCGACGCCACGAGCCACAGAGCUCGUGAGGCAUCUCCACGACACGUUGUCUGUGCCGCCCAACACACUCGUGGUCCUGGAUCGCCUCGUUCGAAUGUACUUCGCUUCGUGUUCCAACGAAGGCAGUCCCAGCAUGGUCGUUCCCGCCCCGUUUCUCACGACGCUGGUCGAGAUGACGCAGCUCGUGCUCGGCCACGAUGUCCAGCGCUGCGGCCAGUUGGUGUUGGAUUGUGCUAUUGUCACGUCGCCGUGUGCAGCAAUGUGGUUUCUAUUGCUCCAAGUGGACAUCGACACAUCCGUGGUCGACGAUUGCGUCCAAAUGCAUGGUACUGCUUGGUUGGAGCGCACGUGCAUGGCAUUCUUGGCCUACCGCCGCAUGCCACCGGACAACAUCCCGAUUCCGUCGACAGCUCACGCCAGACUCGCCACCGUGCUCGAAAACGUCCUCGCUAGCGCUCGCCGCCUCGCCGUCCCGUUUGCCACGGCCGAGUACUUGAUGCAACUUCGACCGGUGGUGUCCCCCGACCUUCAAACCAAGCUUGAAGCGAUUUCGAUUCUCGAAGAUAAUGAUGACUUUGCACACGACCCGACGCCGUCUUUCACGUAGCCGAUGGUCUGUCAGACUACCCCCAUGAGUCGAUGAAAACGCCGUGGAUGAUGUAUCAAAAUAGCAGCUGCAGCCACCGCAUUACAGGCUCGUGUAAUCGCCUUGUCUACGACGUCUGCCGAGGCGAGUUUGCGUCCAUGCUGCAAACGCUACCACGACUGCGCAUGCCCCCAUCAG